GCAACAUGUUUUUCCCGAGUAAUACCAUACUUUUCUCAGGCGCCGUUAAGACAACGUCUAUGCUGUCUUCACCUUAUCUUUUCGCAAGUUCUCCUUUGGUGAACUUGCUUCAAACGAAAGUUUUGCAAUCAAAUGAAAAGAAGUUUUCCAUUCUUAUUUUAUAUAGUACAGAAACCAAAACAACCGAGCAGUUUUGUGUUCAAUUAGCACACACUUUAUGCGAAUGGAAUACCCGCAAAUUUUCAAAUCGUUGUUGCAUUACUGUACGCAAUGCAGCCUUGUAUGAUUUUCAAGGAAAAUCGCUAAAGACGUUUCCAGCAUCUUUACCUUGCUUUGAAACUUUAGCAAACUACCAAAUUGUUAUUUUAUGCAUUUCUACGUGGGUCAAUGGAUCGAUUCCCACCUCAGGAAAGAAUUUUUACGAUUUCUUUUACCAAGAAAAUUUUCCAAGUCAUUCACGGUAUCAAGCUUUACGCUCUGUUAAAGGAUUUUGUGUGUUGUGUUUCGGAAACUCCGACUAUGACCAAUUUUGUACAUGCGGUAUUCAAAUUUAUCAAAAACUUAAAAAACUAGAUGUUCAUUUUUUAUUACCGUUAAUCAAAAUAGAUGAAGUUCACGAUACUCAAUCUCAACAAAAUUCAUGGAUACAAAAAUUAUCGAAAGCGCUAAAUGAUUGUAUUCUAAAUGAAAAACAUGUUCAUCAACAUGUCAACAAAAAAUCUGAAAAUCAAUUGUAUCCCUUAGUGUCUUCAAUUAAACCACGGUCAACAACACGAACGUGGAAUAAUGUGACAAACAUUUUAGAAAACACUGUUGUUCCUGAAAAGAAAAUUACGCACGUCGUUGAUGAUGAUACGGAAACAACACAAAGCGUUUCAUCCAAUGAAGAAGAAGAAGAUUUUUUAAAUGAUAUAGGAGCUUGUGAAUCGAACAAGGCAGAUGUUGAAGAUAUACCACUACCUUCUACACAUCAUGAAAUGUUGUCAAUUCAUCAGCGAAAUCAAUUAGUUAAAGAAGGGUACAAAAUAGUAGGAACGCAUUCAGCGGUCAAACUGUGCCGGUGGACAAAAUCACAAUUACGUGGUCGUGGGGGAUGUUAUAAACAUACAUUUUAUGGUAUUGAGUCUUAUUCAUGUAUGGAAGCCACCCCUUCUCUAGCAUGUGCUAAUAAAUGUGUCUUUUGUUGGCGUCAUCAUAAAAAUCCGGUGGGGACAACAUGGAAAUGGGAUAUGGAUGAUCCUGAUUUAAUCUUGAAAGGUAUUAUGGAAGGGCAUAAACAAAUGGUGAAACAGUUAAAAGGUGUUGCUGGUGUGGAUCCUUUACGUUUUGAAAGCGCUGUUAAAACUAUUAAACAUUGCGCUUUAUCACUUGUUGGUGAACCUAUUAUGUAUCCAAAAUUUUCACAGCUUUUGACUAAAAUGCAUGAAAAAAAAAUUUCGACUUUUGUGGUAACCAAUGCACAAUUUCCUGAUGCUUUAAAAUCUUUACCACCGGUGACACAAUUAUAUGUUUCCGUUGAUGCUGCAACACCCGAAACUCUUAAGGCUAUUGAUCGACCUUUAUUUUCCGAUUAUUGGAGUCGAUUUAUGGAAUGCUUACAACAUAUUCGCCAUGUUUCUUAUAGAACUGUGUUCCGUUUGACACUAGUGAAGACAUAUAAUAUGCAGGAGGCUGAAAAUUUUGGAAAAUUAGUGUUAAUGGGAAUUCCCGAUUUUAUCGAAAUUAAAGCAGUAACGUAUUCUGGAACGGCUGCAUCAUCGAAAAGUAUUACAAUGAAAGAUAUUCCUUGGCAUGAAGAAGUUAUUAAAUAUGCUCAAUCCAUUUUACAAUCCAAUCCACUAUUACAAGAAACAUAUCAAAUAGCAUCAGAACAUCAACAUUCUUGCUGUAUUCUUAUUGCUCAUAAAAAAUUUUUUAUAAACAACGAAUGGCAUACAUGGAUUGAUUACCCUAAAUUUUUUCAAUUGGUUCACUCGAAACAAUCGUUUACAUCACUCGAUUAUUGUUUCAAAUGUCCUUCUUGGGCCAAUUACGGUUCUAAUACAAGAGGUUUUGAUCCCAUUGAAAAUAGAGUAUAUUCAAAAGGUUCAAAAAAACGUGCACAAAAAGCUUCUUGCAAUAAAUAAUAAAAUAUUUAUUUUGUUUUUUGCCAAUUAUUGAUGAAAAAAGUGUGCCAUUUUUAUCCUGUUCGCAUUGAAGACAAAUCAACUUGACAAUGUAUUUUUUUUUUAUGAUUUUAAAUGCACUUAGCGCAACAUUCUUUUAUUCAAUUUAUAAUAAAAUGAGUGGGUGAAUAUUUAAUUGUUUUAAUAAAGUCAACCAAAGCAACGAAAAGCUCAAACUUUGUUAUGAUUUUUUCACUAUUGUGUU